GGCCCAGCAGCUGGACGGCAGCGACCCCUCAGGGUGGGAGCCAGCUCUCGGAAGAGACUGGGCACAGGACAUGGAUUGCUGGGGGGCCUUUUUCCUCUGCCUAUGCUUCAUGACUUCUCAGAGUGAGACAAUGGAGACAUCCCAAGAACCCCUGCUCUGGAUGGAGAAACUAGAGGUGAUGUCCGGAAGCCGCAACUCGACUUCUCUUGCUGACUCUCUCGCCCUCAGCCUCAUCCGGGGCCUGGAGUACAGGCUGUUGAACGCCAGCUUCGGGGGCAGCAACUUGACCUUGCAGACACCCACCAUCCAGUCACUGAUCUUCAAGCUGGGCUGCAACUUCGCAGGCCUGUCACUGAGCAGCACCACCAUGGAGCGGGUCCCCCAGGUCAGAGGUGGUCGGGGGGCCGGGGGGCAGCCAGUCUCACAUGCCAUGCAGUUCCCGGCCGAGCUGACCCAGGACGCCUGCAGGGCCCCCCCCAGGGAGCUGCGUCUCAUCUGCAUCUACUUCUUCACGGACUACUUUUUCCAGAAUAUCAACUCAUCUCUGCUCAAUAACUAUGUCUUGGGAGCCCAGCUGGGUCAUGGACACGUGAGCAACCUCAGCGAGCCGAUCAACAUCAGCUUCUGGCACAACCAAAGCCUGGAAGGCUACACGGUGACCUGUGUCUUCUGGAAGGAAGGAGCCAGUGAACACUACUGGGGGCUCUGGAGCCCCGAGGGCUGUCGCACAGAGAAGCCCUCACCUUCCCAGGUGCUCUGCCGCUGCAAUCACCUCAGUUACUUUGCUGUUCUCAUGCAACUGUCCCUAGCCCCAGUCCCAGCAGAGCUGCUGGCGCCUCUCAUGUACAUCUCCCUGGUGGGCUGUAGCAUCUCCAUCGUGGCCUCACUUCUCACUACUCUGCUGCACUGCCAAGCCAGGAAGCAGGGUGACUCCAUAACACGCAUCCACAUGAACCUGCAUGCCUCCGUGCUGCUCCUGAAUGUCGCCUUCCUGCUGAGUUCUGAGCUGGCCAAGCCCCCCGAGUCCGGGGCAGCAUGCACAGCGCUGGCCGCCAUCCUGCACUUUGCUCUGCUCAGCUGCCUCACCUGGAUGGCCAUCGAAGGCUUCAACCUCUACCUCCUCCUUGGGCGCGUCUACAACAUCUACAUCCGCCGAUACUUGCUCAAGCUCUGUGCAGUGGGCUGGGGAGUCCCGGCCCUCCUGGUGCUGUUCCUUCUUGUUGUCAAGAGCUCAGUGUAUGGACCCCACACAAUUCCACUCUCCGACAGCCAGGGAAAUGGCACGGGCUUCCGGAACAUGUCCAUAUGCUGGGUACGGAACCCCUGGGUGCACAACAUCUUGGUCAUGGGCUACGGUGGCCUCACGUCCCUUUUUAACCUGGUGGUGCUGGUCUGGGCGCUGCGGGUCUUGCAUCGGCUACGGGCCCGGGACAAGGUGCUGAACACGCGGGCCUGCAGGGACAGCUUCACGGUGCUGGGCCUCACCGUGCUGCUGGGCACUACUUGGACCUUGGCUUUCUUUUCCUUUGGCGUCUUCCUGCUGCCCCAGCUCUUCCUCUUCACCACCUUCAACUCACUCUACGGUUUCUUCCUCUUCCUGUGGUUCUGCUCCCACAGGUGCCGCUCCGAGGCAGAGGUGGAGGCAGAGAUGGAGGCGUUCAGCUCCUCCCAGACGAUGCAGUAG